AUGAGCUUUCAGAAGCUCUUUCUCAUGCUCUCUGUUAGCUUUAGCGUGUUUUCCUGGUCCCUGUGUCCUCCUCCAGGUCCUGCUCAGACGCCAGGCUGCUUUAAAGUCAACAGCUGCAAAUGUAUCAUGAAGGACGGCAGUGGAGUGAUAAACCUGAACGCUAUGGGAGAUGCGGAUGGUUUCCUGGGGCGUCUGAGGCCCGUGCCAACAGGCAACACGUCGCUCAAAGGAGGAAUCUUCCUUUCUUUCAGCCCCUGCAACCAUUUUUCAGAGCCCGAGGAGCCGAGAGGAAGUGACUGCAGCGAUGUCGCCGCAUGCCUCCUUGUCAGGUAUCCGGGGCUCAGCGGGUACAGAAACCGCUACAUCAACUAUGGGAGACAUGAAGGGAAUGAAUUCCACUACAACCACAGUCUGAAGACGCUGUCUGUGUCAUACUUUGCUCACAGGGAACAGCCAGUGACAGUGGUGCAUUUCCACUGCAACCCUGCCCAGCCCGUAUCCAUCAUCCAGAACCAGAGUGUGGGCCCUGAGGGGCCCCUGCAGGUCUGGGUGGAGAGCCCCUGCGCUUGUCCAAACGCCUGUGCCAUGGGAGAUCUGGGUCUGGGCACCAUCUUCCUCAUCACACUCUCCCUCAGUGCAACAGCAUACUUUAUCCUUGGCUCCUGUGCGCUCAGGGCCUUCCGGAGCAGCAGCGGGGUCCAGAUCUCCCCAGAACACAGCGUGUGGUGUAUGAUCUGCUACUUCUGUGGGGAGAGACAGCCAGCAAGACGACGCCGCAGAGCACAGACCUGACGCAGGACAACAUCUGGACCACUUCAACAUGUCUUCUUUGAUUUUUCAUGUUUAAAUGUCGGGCUUUCAGGGAGUGUAAUGGGCCAACGUUCUGUUCAAAUAUCCAUGUAGACUUAGUGAACUGGAUCAGAUCAGCCGCUGAUGGAUGUUCUCCGGAUGAGCUCUUUUGUUCCUUAUCAAAAAUGCUGGUGUCACAUUUUAGAGCCGUUGAAAGGUUCUGGAGGCAGUAGCAACAAGUGAAGAGCACAGUAAUAUAAAACAUAUUAUUUAAUUGGAAGACUUUGUAUUUUGUAUGGAAAACAGUUUACAAGCAGAACAUGAACCUGAACAUUAAUGCCUGCAGUCUUAAAUCUUAACCUUUACUGCUUAGAGCAAGAACUAAAGCAAUAAAAUCGCGAAUUUAUAGUUACAUAAUAAAAACAUAGAGCAAGUCAUUUAAACUUGAAGUAUUUUAUAUAUAGAAACUAAUCACACCAUAACCAACUAGUCGGUCAAGACGCAUUCAAUCUUUCAUGCAGAUUGGUCUAAAUCACUUCUUCUCUUCUUCUGGCUCUCGGUUGAGCUCAAACAGUGAGGCAGGUGAGUCAAAGGGUGACAGAAAAGUCUUUUCACUGCUGCAGCGACACGAUGGAGACGCUGAUUC